AUGGUUGAACAAGUUCUAUGUACUUGUGUUUGGUGCCUUCAAGAGUCAAAUGGACAGGGUAAAUUAGUUGGCAAUGCAACUCGUGCAAGACAUACAGCAAAACAGAAAAAAACUUGGGUUAGUCCAACAAACAUGCCUACACCACAAAGACGAUUGGUUACUCCUGUUUCUCAUACAAUGGCAUCACUUGCUUCCACAAUAAUUGUGCCUUCACUGCCAUCACCUGUUAGUGUUCUAGGUGGAGGAGAUCAAGAUCACAGUGAUAACAGUGGUAAAGAAUUUGCUAGUAUAUAUGAUAUUAAUUUAGAACUUUCAGGAGAUAUUAAUAUUGAUGAAAUGGAGAUGCAAAGACAUUUGAUAUCUGAAGAAUUAAUUAGUAAAGACAUUGAUCAGUUUGAAAAUGAAGAAGAAAGUAUGGUACCUGAAGAAUUAUAUGGUGAAGACAUUGAUCAGUUUGAAAAUGAAGAAGAGGAAAAUAUGAUAUCUGAAGAAUUAUAUGGUGAAGAUGACAUUGAUCAAUUUGAAAAUGAAGAGGAAAAUAUGAUAUCUGAAGAAUUAUAUGGUGAAGAUGACAUUGAUCAAUUUGAAAAUGAAGAAGAGGAAAAUAACAAGGAAAGGGUUGAUGUGGAAGACAGUGAUAACAUUGAGCAUAUAAAUUUUGAGAACAUACUUAAAGGUUUACAACUUCUCCGAAUUAAAGAUAAGCAUAACAUCUCAGAAGCUGCAUUUAAUGAAAUUCUUAAAGUUUUAGAAAUUCCUGGUGUUAGUCUUUACAAACUCCAAAAACUACUUGGAAAGUUUGUACCAUUAAAACCAAAACUUGUAGAUUGUUGUAUUAAUUCAUGUGUGGCAUUUACAGGAGAACUUGCUAAUGAGAACCUUUGUCCAGAAUGUGGGGAACAUCGUUACAAGUUUGGUGAGACAUCCCAUGUAUCCCGAAAAAAGGCAGCCUAUUGGUCACUUGUGGAUUCACUUCAAAUACAAUACAAAAAUAAAAAUCGUUCAGAAACUCUCUGUUACCGACACAAUUACACUUCAACACAUGAAUAUGCUCUUGGUAAUCAAAUAGGAGACAUAUUUGAUGGUUUUCGAUAUAAAGCCUUAGUUUCUUCUGGUCUUUUUUCAGACUGUCGAGAUAUUGCUCUAAUGGCAUCCACUGAUGGUUAUCAAAUCUUUCAUCAGAAGCGAGAUGAUUGCUGGGUUAUACUUUUCAUAAAUGCAAAUCUACCACCUGAUAUACGUGUUCAGCGAGAAAACUUAAUGAUUUCUGCACUUAUUCCAGGACCAAAAGCACCAAAGAACUUUAACUCUUUUUUACGACCAUUGUUUGUGAUAAUGAAUGCAGAAGGUAUUCAGUGUUUUGAUGGUAAAACAGAAAAUAACUUCACCCUCCAUGCACAUGUCUUAAGUUUUUCUGGUGAUCUUCCAGCUCUUGCUAAGGUUAUGUACACAACUGGGCACAACUCAUAUAAAGCAUGCCGUUUUUGUUCCAUUCGUGGAGUAUAUUGUAAAGGCAAUCGACAUGUAUACUUUCCACUUAAGCCUCCAACCAGUAUGUUAGGAAACCAAUAUGAUCCCAAAAAUCUUCCAUUACGAAUGCAUGAAGACUAUAUACGUGAUGCAACAGCUGUAGAAUGUAUGAAUGGGCCAUUACGCAAACGUGAAGUACAAGAACGAGGUCUGAAUGGCCAAAGCAUAUUGUUUGAACUCAAGUCGAUUGAAUUUCCAGCAUCAUUUCCUGUUGACAUUAUGCAUGGAUUAUUUGAGAAUAUUGCACCAUCAAUGCUUCGACAUUGGUCUGGUACUUUUUUUAAAGAUGAUCAAGGUUCUGGUUCUGAUUACAUCCUUUCUAAUAGUGAUUGGAUAGAAAUAGGAAGAAUAAUGGAAAAGAAUCGAAGGAACAUGCCAUUAGAUUUUGGUCGUCCACCCAUUGAUAUUCAGCGACAUUCAGCAGCAUUCAAAGCAGAAGACUGGUUAAAUUGGGUGGUAUUAUAUUCACUGCCACUUUUACAAGGCCAUCUUCCAGAAAGGCAUUUAAAUGGAUGGGCAAAAUUUGUGCAUGCAACAAAACUCUGUCUCAAACAAAGUAUCAGCACAGCAGAAUUAUCAGAAAUUAAUAGUCUUUUUUGUGAGUUUGUUGUUCAUUAUGAGAAGGAAUAUCUCCAGAAUAAUCCCAGAUGUCUCCCAGCUGCACUUAUCACUUAUCAUUAUUUGCUACAUAUUGCCACCUCAAUACAAAACACUGGACCUGCAUGGGCAACCUGGCAGUAUCCAAUGGAAAGGUUGUGUGGAAUGCUAUUGCCUCUGGUACAUUCUAAACAGCAUCCCUAUACAAACCUCCAAAAUCAGAUUACUACAUGGACCCGUUUCUCACACCUCCAGUACAAGACUGAAAUAAAUCAGAAGCUUUUUGGACCAAGUCUGAAUGAAACACCAGAUUGCUCUGAAGAUCGCAUGUUUAUCAUUGAUGGUGCAAAGCUCUUGGUAGAUCAGAAUGCUCAUAAUCCAAAGGCAUCAAUAAUUCUGGAAGAACAGGAAUUUUUUGGAGAGGUGCAAUACUAUUUUUCACAUCAAUACAAUGAUCAUUGGUCCAUGCUAGCAUAUGUGCAGUGGGUUAGAAAUCCCCAACCUUCUGGACAUGGUCCAUUAAAGUUCAGGAAUUUAGGUGCAUUCAAAGUAAUUAAUGUUAAUGCAAUUUGUAGAAGA